UUAAUCCAAUUUUGGAGAGAGUGGCUGCUUCGUUGCAGCCUAAAUCCCUUCUCUAACUCCAUCAUCAUCUUCUUUAUAAGGAAUUAGCUCUUUUAGUCGGGUUAGCCAAGAAUUUUCUGCAAGCAAGGCUUCACGAUUUUCUGUUGAUUGCACUGGUGACGAGCCAUCUUUCCUUGAGUAAGGAAAAAGGAAUAGAGAUACCCUUGUCACUCGAACUGAACCACACGGAGUGUAGUUACGUUAUCUGAAGCUUUCCUCUAGCCAAUGGUCCACCAGUUGUAACAGUCGUCGUCACUGUUCACUUGAAAUCUCGCACUCCUUGUAAUUCAAGGUUCAUGCUCCUCGGGGAGGACGUGGUGACCACUAAUAUGUAUCGGCUCUGUGGUUGUCAGCCUUCCAAUCUUCUAAUCACAAGAUCCUAAACCCCAAUAUUAGGUAGGCCAGCACUGAAUCUUUUGUGACAAUGCUAACCUGAAAUGCCAGCUUGAUCAUUCUACAUCACCGAAAACGUUACCCACUGCGCUUUAUUAUAUUUGCAGGCACUACUUGUGGGUCUCGCAUGAAUCGAAUAAACAGCCUUGUUCCUCAUGAAACCCUGGCUUUGUAUGUUGGCAUAACAUUUAGCCUAUAGGGGUAUAUUACUUUCGCCAAAACAGAGUUGGAACUGUUGUGUACAAUCUCCUUGACAGAACCACGACACAGUGGGUGAGACUAUUACCCGUGAAAAUUUGAGUACUAAGUAACCUUGAGAGAUCGCCACUCAGGACAUCAUCGAUGGACUACUUGGGUGUUUCUCGGAAACAGUCAUUCAAUCGCCGGGGUGAGCUGGUGGGAUUCAGUUAGUCAUCUUUAACGGUAGAAGGCUUCGAUGUAGAAAGCCCUGAUCACAACGUUCACAACAUCACCUGUAGGAUUUAUCAUGAGAUAAAUUGCGUAGAAAACUCAUCUUGGGGUUAAAGAUAGAAAAAGAGGUCUACGAUUUCGAAACGUUUGUGGGUGAUCAGGUAAAGAGAUAUAAUGUAGGGAAACGAUUUGGAGUGACUUAACAACUCUUAUUAAUGACGUUUGACAUAACACCGAAUUCAUGGAACAAUAUCUGGUUUCACACAUUCAACUAUUUCUAUUGAUCUAGAUGUCAACGACUUCGAUGUUCUGCUGUGGAACUUGCAGUGUAGCCUCGGCAUCCAGAGAGUGAGUUCCUUUCCUUACACAAACCUGCACGCCCUCCCCUCGCGAAAGCCGCCACCAACACUUAAUUUCUCUCGUAAGACUCCAAGGGACUACUUUCACCGUCACUCCCCUACAGCGCUGGCAUUUGUUUUCUUGCCUUUCUCCCGAAUCUCUAUCCCGUUCUUGCUAACAUCUAUGUUAGCUCCAAGUUCCUGACCAUUUCUAUCUGAAGAGAUCGAGACGCUUACUCCUCCUUUAGCCUAAGAUCCCAGAAUUUGCGUCGGGCAAGUCCCCUCAUAGUGUUCUUAGUAUGGCAACAUUUGGAGAGGCGCCCAAAGGAAAUGGCAAGGCGGGGGAGAAGAUCUUCAAGACCAAAUGCGCCCAGUGCCACGGCAUCGCCGCCUCUGAAGGCCACAAGCAAGGACCCAACUUGCAAGGAUUGUUCGGGAGAACGUCGGGAACUGCAGCAGGAUACUCGUAUUCGGCAGCAAACAAAACCAAGGCGGUGAAAUGGAACGAGACUUCGCUGUACGAGUACCUGCUCAAUCCGAAGAAGUACAUUCCUGGCACCAAGAUGGUCUUUCCAGGCUUGAAAAAACCACAAGAUCGUGCUGAUCUCAUUGCUUACCUUAAAAGUGCUUCUUGAUUUUGAAUAAACAAAUGUUUUACUUAGUUCUUUUACACAAACAAAAAAACAAACAAACAUUAAGACUUUUGCUUUUGCAUUGGUCUACAAAUUUGGCAUGUCUCAAAACAAAACAAAAAAAUAAAAAAUAAAAAUAAAAUUAGAA